AUGGCGGACGGUGACAAGAGAUCUUAUAGAAAUGGCGGUCAUAACAGUGACAUCGGCGGCUCCGUGGACUCCAAGGGAAAAAAGAAGAGCUUUCGGCGCCUCCUGAGUCGCUUCGCCGAGAAGACGUCAAUGGUGGGAGUCCCCUACAUCAACAACGCCAAGCUCUGGUGGGCGAAGCUGAUCUGGUGUUUCCUGCUCCUGUGUGCCUUGGGGGCGAUGAGCCUGCACCUAUGGUAUCUCAUAGACCAGUUCUUUUCAUGGCCUACUGUUACCAAGGUGGAGCUCGGAUUCUCGGAUCUUCGCUUUCCGCGGAUAACUGUUUGUAACGUGAAUGUUUUGCAUAAAGGGAGACUGAAUCAUUAUGCUGGUGCAGAUAAACUGAAAGAGUUAGUGGACAAGUUAAAACCUGAGAAUGUUGCACCGAAUCAAUAUGACCCAGAUUGGGACCCCUAUGGAAAUACCGGAACAACGCCUGGCAACAAAGACCCAACGCAAGGAACUUCGAAUGGUAACCAAAGUCCAACGCAAAGCGCUCCAACUGUUCAUCAAGGCCGAACGCAAAGAACUCCAACUGGUAACCAAGGGUCAACGCAAAGUGCUCCAACUGGUAACCUAGGCCACACGCAAAGACAAGGGACGCAAACAGACGUAACUGAAACGUCGCAAAACGAAGCUGUUCCAAACCAGCGUCGUAAGCGGCUUGUGGACACGUACGGGGAUAUUGAUCCAAGCAAGUACGAUCCGAACAAGCCGCCAUCACCGCCACCGCUGCACAACGAGUACGACGGCGAGAAGGACUCACAGGAAGAGAUCGAACUCGCCUUUAGAACACUGUACAUGAACAUCCGCAGGAAUGAACGUGUCCGACUCGGACACAACAUCACCGACAUGUUGCUAAGCUGUACAUUUAACGGCAGGGUCUGUGAUGCUGGGAUGUUCAGACUCCACGGCACUCCCGAGUACGGUAACUGCUGGACAUUGGACAAUGACAAGUUUACCGUGAUGACACCUGGACCGGAAGGAGGUCUGAAACUCGUUUUGUAUAUGGAGUCCAUGGAGUACCUACAGGGGAUCACGACCGGAUACGGAGCCCGUAUACAGGUCCACGAGCCGGGAACCUACCCGUACCCCGUGCACGAGGGAAUGCACGUGCCCGCAUCCAUGGAAACAUCCAUAGGGCUCAAACUGGUCACGGUUGAACGCCUGAACGGUACGUACGGGGACUGCGAGUGGGGCGCCGACUUCCAGGCCAAGUACGGGGUUAGAUACACGAGGCGCUCCUGCUACUCCGCGUGCGUGCUCGAGGAUAUCGUAAGCACGUGUGGUUGCCAUAGCGACGAUGCGGAGUACUUUGCACAACGCCUCAACGACUCGCUUGGGAGAUGUGAAUCCAAAAACGAGACGGCGUGUCAGGCCGGGGUAGAACGUCGCUAUGAGACGAUGGUGUCAGUGUGUCCAUGCCCGAACCCGUGCAACGAGACAGUAUACGUGAAGAGUGUGAGUCAAAGACAGUGGCCCACCGAUGACUACGCAAGAGUACUGCUGCAAGGGGUGUGUGAGAUGGAUUUGGAGAAAUGCAAGAACCUGCGGAUGUUGAUAAACGACGAACGGGCUUUAAGUAACAGUUUUCUGAGACUGAACAUCUACUAUGAAGAUUUGAACUACGAGAUGAUAAAGGAGUACCCUGAAAUUGAGUGGCAACAGUUCCUGUCGGACGUGGGUGGCGCCAUUGGUCUGUGGAUCGGCCUUUCCAUUCUUAGUCUCUGUGAGGUCGCGCAGCUCCUUGUCGAACUCUGCAACUUUGUCGCCAGCAAGGCCGCCGGGGAGUACCGCCGAUCCCGGAAGCACCGCCGGAAACAGGACCACUCGACGAGCUCUGCUAAUGAUCAACGUAAUAACAGCGACCUUUCUCGGCGUUGAACAGUAUUACAGGUUACACAUGCGCAAAUAAUACCCUUCUUUGUUCUAAAUGUAGAGUUUAGUGUUUGAUGUCAAUUUUUACAAGAAUCAAGCUACUUUUCAACAUAUCACCGUUCAUUGCUGGAAAGAUAAGGCCAUAGCCUUUUAAAAAACUGAAUACAAAUUUCAAUGCAUUGUAACUUGAUAUAUUUAAAUUAUAAAUUACACAUCGGCACUCAGUGGCAUGGAGACCUCCGUUUUUAGCAGAACCAUGUUCAUUUUGAAGGAACUUCCAUUAAACAAAAAAUCCAUAAAUGCAGAAAGUAUCGUCCAUGAUUAGCCUGUGCAGUCCACGCAGGCUAAUCAAUGAAGAAACUUGACGCACAAACUGUAAGCACCGUUUUACCAGAGCGAGGCUAAUACAUGUAUAUAGCUUCAAAUUGAUACCAUAACAUAUAAUUUAAACCUUAGUUCUCUGCAUCAUGCACCUAACCUGGGGGUUCUUAUUAUCAAACUGAUACCAUGUACAAUUUGUGUUCAGGCUGCGCAUUUGUAACCAUAAUUAAUGUGACAGAAAACUAAACCAAUCGUCAAUCACUUCUGGCGGCCAGUAUAGUCGCAGAGACUGCAAACGCGGAUUCGAUAACAAGCGAUGGGACACGUUGUUCGUUUUAAAAUAAACUGACGGACACUUGAAAAGAACGUCUUUUGGUGUUAAAUAUAACAGCUACAUUUAUGCCAUCUGACACACCAUGAACUUGUGUGUUUGUUUUGUUUUUGUUUGCAGACGAUAGUGUUAAUAUGAAGCCAUUAUGGCGUAUUUCUCGCAUGUAUUAUUUAAUGUAUGACAUUGUCUUUCAACGUGUAUUGUACGACUAUAAACUCAUCGCCCGUAAUCAUGGUAGUUAACCCAUUUAUGCCUAGCGUCUAGAAAAAAGGCCUUGGCAAACAGCGUAGACCCAGAUGAGACGCCGCAUGAUGCGGCGUCUCAUCAGGGUCUGCGCCAUUUGCAUAAAGGAUUUUCUGUAAGAAAUAUUCUAAAUAUAGAAAUAAAUAUACUAGACAUCCCUAAUGUUGGAAAUAAAUUGAUCCAAUUUAGAAGGAUGGGAGAGUCCACUAGGCAUAAAUGGGUUAAAGAAAUAAUGCACAGUCCGUAAUUAAAGAAAUAAUGCACAUGAACAGUCGCUGGUUUACGGGAUCUCCUAUCAUUUUUAUAUUGAUUUGUUUUGUGUAAUGCAUUUUAUAUUGACGCUUGAUCAUUUUUUGUGUUGAAUUCAUUAAUAUGCGUUUAUAUUAGCUUAAUUGCAGAUUGUAUGUGCAUUUUCGACGUCAUUGUAUGUUUGUAUAAUUAUGUCGUAUGAAUGCAUUGAUACUUUACAUUAUCAGGUACCCUUGUCAAUUUCAUUAUUUCUGUUUACAGAAAUGUUCUUAUACUCAAAUUACUUGCAAUGUACUUUUGUGCUACAACUCAUAUUUUGUGUUCAAUAGAAUUAUGCGCAUGUAAACAGCUGCAUGCAUGCAAAAUGUAUAUACAUGUUUAAAGGUUUCCUAGUUGUAUGAACCAGAUUUCAGAACUAUGGGUCAUCUUCCCAGUUUGACAUCGGUCAAUAAAAAGAUGUAAGGUCACGGUGGCGUAGUGAAUAUGGCGACCGUCAAGCGAUCACAUUCCAUCUCACUCUGGAUGCGUUGUAAAGAUC